AAGUGGUCGAAGGCUCGAAGCUCCCACGUACGUGUGUUAUACGUCCAGCCCGGUAGACCUCAUGUCAGCUAUCAACGAAGAAGGAGAAGGCCUCUCUUCUCCGCGGCGACCUACCCACUCCCCUACGCUGCUGCGGAAGGGCAUUCCUGGCGAGCGAAAGCCGCUCAAGGAGAAGCUCAUAACGUACUAUGAGCAGCUCUUCAAGGGCGAGGAUCCCUCGCAGGGGAAUCCCCGUUUCUGGGAGGAGUUUUUCCUCCUCAAAGUGAACAUCCAGUAUUUCCAAACGACAAUGUCCGAAAUGAAAACCUGGGAACUUAUUUCGCUGAAGAAAUCGCUAAGUCUGCUGUUUGUUCAGUGCUGCACAACGCUUCAGUUGGACGAUAAUGUCAUCAGAAACAUCAAUGCCCUGCAGACACUGUGUGUCCUCCUGCGGUCCACGUUUGAUAAGAAACUCAGUGACUCGAGUUUCGACGUGAUUGAUGUGGUGAUAGGAUUUGACUCGGCCGAAUGCCAGAUGAGAAAUCUGGUUGAAGCACUGAACAAGUUCCUCGUCCAUGACUAUCCAGCCAGCCUCAAGAACCUGUGUCUGCGUCUUCUCCUGGUCAUGCUGACCGCCAUGGACAACAUCAGCCAGAACAUGCUGCUGGAGUACGUCAUGAUGAACAGUGUCUUUGAGACAAUCAUGCACCUCCUGUCAGUACCUGAUCUCAGGGACCAGCAUGGCUACGAUGCAGUGGUGGUACUAACGCUUCUGGUCAACUACCGCAAGUAUGAGGCUGCCAACCCGUACGUGAUAAAACUGUCGGUUCUUGACGAUGAGAUUGCUCUGCAUGGUCUGGGUAGUGUAGUAUCCUCAGUACUGACAGAAUACAACAAGAAGUAUGUUCCGCCCACUGAGGAGCCGGUCGGAAUAUUUGGUCACAUCAGCAGCUUCGUGAGUAACAUGCUGGUCCCGGUGGAUACCUCGCAGACCAGAGUCAAGAUUGACAUGGCUGUGCUGCUGGUGCUGUACGAGGCCAUCCACCUCAACAGGAACUUCAUCACAGUCUUGACUCACACUAAGUCACUUUCCAAUCCAGUCACCCCCACCACUCCCAACCCCGCCAUUGACAGAUCCCUCCCACUGCCAUCUUCACCAACUACACCAGCUGGCAAGCAGCCAACUGGACUCCCCCAGCCAACCAACCUUCUGGGAACUUUCUUUACCUUCUCGUCCAUCAUUCUCCAGAACAUUAAAGAUGAUUCAUCUGUCACCCAUGCACGUCUCUGUCUUGUCAUCAUCACCUGUAUUGUCGAGGAUCAGUUUGCCAACUCAUUUCUCCACGACCCCAACAUGACAUUCCCAGUCACCCUACACAGAGCUAGUCUGCUGCACAGAAAGCCGACCAAAGACGGUCUGUCUCACGUUCGUCCUCUGGCAUGCUCCCUGCUAGAUUUGAUGGUAGAGUUCAUGAUCAGUCACAUGGCAAAGAACUUCAAGCUCGACCUGUACAGAAAGUGUCUGGGAGUGGUCCAUCGGAUGCUGUGCUACCAGAAGCGCUGCAAGAUAAGACUCAACUACAACUGGAAGGAGCUGUGGGUCGGUCUGCUGAAUCUGCUCAAGUUCUUUGCCGCCAGCGAGGAACACCUUCUCCCAAAGCUGAACAUCUUUGCGGUUGCAAUUGAGGUGGUCAAGAUCUUCAAUCUGUUCAUAACCUACGGAGACACCUUCCUGCCCAAUCCCAGCACUUACGACGAGCUCUACUAUGAACUGAUCCGCAUGCAGAAGAUCUUUGAGGACGUCCACUCAAUGGCCAAGCGCUACUCCAGUCCAGAUGCCCACAGUGAGUUCCACUCGAGUGCCAGCCAGCUCGCCGCGAACCUGGUGAACGUCAGAUCAAUCUCUGCUCACUUUCACCCUCGCAUCAACGCCUGGUCCGCCAGCCAUCACGUCACCUCCAUAACUCCAGAGCAGGUUCUGGAGGUUGUGAGGAGCAACUACGACACGCUGACUCUGAAACUGCAAGACAACCUGGACCAUUUCGACAAGUACGCAGAGAAACUGAACGAAGCAGCUUUCUUCACACAACUGCUGCGGUCGGUGACUAACUCAGUAAGAGAGACCGUAGGACUCUCUAGUGUCCAGCAGUUAACUCUUCUCAAUGAGUUGGGCUCGACCUCUUGAUACCUCCCUCGCCUGCUCUCUCCUCUUUCUCUCCCGUUCUGUCACCACAUCCUUUGAAUGCUGCAGUAUAAUACUGUACAACUGGAGUUUUUACAUCUGCAGGUAAUGAUUUUUUUAAGGAAAUCAUCAAAGUCAUGUGGCAGGGUCAACACGUGAUGAAAUAGCAUGAUUGGAAAUAGCAUGAUUGGUGACUCUAAAACGCUAUAACUCCUUGUUUCUGUUCCUAAUGUUUCUCAGCAGUUCCUGAGAGUGGUUUAGUAACGUCUGUGAAAAUUCGUCUUCUUCUUGUUUCACUGCCGCUUGGAACUGUUGCUGCAGCUCUUGGAGUCUCGGCAGGUGACCGGUGAAGUCACAGAGAUGUUGGAGAACACUCAUUGCCUGU